GAACCAACCAGCCCUUUUCUUGCAAUUCUGUUCCCUUGUUGCUUUGCAUAUAACUUCACCCACAAUACAACACCACAGCAGCAACUGUGUGUUGUGUGUUUUUCUUUUUCUUUUUUGGUGGUGGGGUCUCUUUUUUCUUGAGAAAAAUCCAUUCUUUUUCCUCAUUGCACUCUCACUCACUCUCACUCACUCCACACUCUUCUUCACUCCAUUUCCCGCUUCUCUUGAAUUCCAUCCACUUCUAUUUGACCCCUUUUGUUACAGAAGGAAUAGAAAAGUGUUUCUUUUGUGUGUGUGAGUGUGUGUGGGAGACAGAAGGAUAUAGAAAAGGUGGAGAGAUACAUAGAUAUGAGGGAGGAGAGUAGUGAGGAAGAGAUGGACGUGAUGGAUACACCAGAGAGAGUCAAGAAUAACCAGAUCACAGCAUCUGUUAGCAAAUUUGAGGAUUCCCCUGUCUUUAACUUUCUCAACAGCCUUUCCCCUAUCCAGCCAGUGAAAUCCAUACACAUCACUCAGACGAUCAAUCCUCUUAGUUUCGCAUCCCUUCCAUCUGUUUUCACUUCACCACAUGUUGGUUCUCUCAGGGAAUCUAGAAUUCCUCGAAGGCAUCAACUUUCAGAUCCAUCGAAACCCGAGUUUUCUUCUGAUAAUGGGAGUGUAAUAGUUGAUAGAAACAAGGGAAAGAUGGAUACCAAUAAGCUGGAUGAACAGGAGGAAAAUCUGGAUCCAGGGGCAUCAAAUGGUCAAGUGGCUGGUGAACCAUCUUGCGAGUUUGCUGAAAAUUUCCAAUAUGAUCGCGAUAGUCUCAAAGCCAAACAUGUCGAGGAACAUGCUUGUAAUUCUUCAACUCUUGUUCCUCUGGUGGAAAAGACCUCUCUGAGGCAAUUAUAUGGAGGUGAAGUAAAUUUGGAAGCGGUAAGCCAAAUCGAUCAACACAAAGAAGCAGCAUCGUGUGAUUGGGAGAGUUUGAUUUCUGACACUUCGGAUCUGUUAAAUCUUGAAUCACCAAAUAAUACAGAGUCCUUUGAGAAAUCAGUUGAUCCUGCGACAACUUUCUACAGAAGUAUUAAAAAUGCGAUGCAGAAUAUGCACUCUAUUUGUCCAGUGGUCUCUGGUGAACAAGUUGGAGGGCGAAGUGAACCUGAAAACUUGUUGACUCAGCCUGGAGAAGGACGUGAGUCAAUGGAUGCUGAGAGCCAUGACAUAAUUGCUGGUUCUUCAAUUACCGAUCCUAGUGAAAAGAUGGAAUAUGAGCAUCUUUCUGGUUUAUACCGCGGUAUGCGGAGACGCUGUCUGGUUUUUGAGAUGGCGGGAGUGCGCUCAAAGCAUUUGGAGGAGAAUUCAGGUUCCGAUUCUUCUGUGUUGCCACAAUUUGAUGGCAAUACUACUGCCAACCUGCAACUAGUUCCGACAAAAAGGGGAAAUGAUUCUUCAUGUCGUGUUUUACCUGGCAUUGGCUUGCAUUUAAAUGCUCUAGCAGCAACUCCCAAGGACUAUAAAAUUGUCAACCAUGAGGCUUCAGCUUCUGGAAGACUAUUGAUUGGACCUAGCUCAUCGUCCAAUUUCCAUCAUCCAACUUCUGAUCAAGAAUUGUUCAGCAAUAUUUUGGCUGACAACUUAAUGGAAAGAGAAAUUGAUACUGUUGAAAGUGUUGGUCUCCCUGUAGAAGAUCCUUGCCAAAAAUCUGGAUACAUGGCAAACGAAGAAAUCAAUCAGUGUAGUCCAAAGAAGAAGAGGCGUAGGUUGGAACAAGGUGGGGAGGCUGAAGCUUGUAAGAGAUGUAACUGCAAAAAAUCAAAAUGUUUGAAACUAUACUGUGAAUGCUUUGCUGCUGGUGUCUACUGUGUGGAGCCAUGUGCCUGUAUUGAUUGCUUCAACAAGCCUGUUCAUGAAGACACUGUUCUUGCAACACGCAAACAGAUUGAGUCGAGAAAUCCUCUUGCUUUUGCUCCUAAAGUGAUAAGGGCCUCCGAUUCUCGACCAGAAGUAGGGGAGGACUUCAGCAAAACUCCAGCUUCUGCUCGGCAUAAAAGAGGAUGCAACUGCAAAAAAUCCGGUUGCCUGAAGAAAUACUGUGAAUGUUAUCAGGGUGGCGUUGGAUGCUCGAUCAACUGCAGAUGUGAAGGUUGUAAAAAUGCGUUUGGCAGAAAAGAUGGUUCUGGUGUAUUAGGCACGGAUCAUGAACUCGAGGAAGAUGAAUUGGAUACGACCGAGAGGGCCGUGCUGGAUGGCGAUUCCCAGAGAACAACGACCCAGAGUGAUUUCAAGCAAAGCAUGGAUUCUGCACCUCCUGCAACACCUUCAAGGACUGGAAGGCAAUUGGUUCAGCCAUUCUCCUCCAAGAGAAAACCACCUAGAUCUUCUUCCUUCCCUUCUAUCAGCUCCACUUCUGGUUUUCCAGCCAGCCAGCCGUUCGGAAAGUCAAGCUUCUUCCCUCCUCCACCAAAGUUCGAUAAGCAUUUCGACUGCGUUAUGGAAGAUGAAGUGCCCGAGUUUCUCCAAGGAGGAUCUCCAGUUGGAGGCAUAAAGUCUUCAUCUCCUAACCAGAAGAGGGUUUCUCCUCCUCAAAGAAUGGAGACAUCUCCUGGCCUGAGAAGCAGCCGGAAGCUGAUUCUCCGAUCUAUCCCGUCUUUCCCUUCCCUCACCACUAAUCAGUGAGGCAAGGAUUCUCUUAUUUGGGUGAGGUUUCAAGAAGGAACAUUAAUCCUUCUUUCUGUCUUCAUUGUAGGCAUAGUGUGUAGGUUAAUGUUGUCUUUAUUCUUGUUCUGGCUAAGGUUUAGCAUUUUUUGGUAGUUGUUAGCGUUGUUGCUGUUUCCAUAAUAAAACUACUUGUUUUAUUCACUGAAUUCUUACAUGUACUUCUCUUGCAAGAAUCCAAUGUAUGAUUGAAGUUUCUUGAUUCUUGAAAUGUUAAAUGCAGUGUCCAAGCAUUCUUGA